GUCCACGAUAAGGAACGUUCGGCAAGACUUGUCCAGAUAAAAAUCGAUUAGAUGUCCGACUCAUCUUGUCGAUUUGAUGGAGCACUCUGCUGUGUCGGGGCAGAACUGCCAAAUAAGCGGACGUUCUUAUGUACAGGUUCUGUUCGGGGGAUGCAUUGAUGCCUGACCAGAUCCAAACCCCGGUUACAUUCGGAACUAACAUGUUGGCAGGCUGGAGGAAGCACGUUAAGAAUCUCUGUGAUUAAACGCUGCCUUUUUUGCCUUGGACCCUGAGAUUCCCAUGUCCCCUCGUCUGUUAUCCUCAGAUUUUUAUCUCCUCGACCUGUUUAGCGACACCUCCCUCAAUUAUGCCUGCUGAGAGAUCUCGGAACUCGAAACGUUGCGAUGUAGAUGGCGCUCAACUGACUUGGACCACACCUGUCGAACCUGUGACCCACAGCAUCGCAUUCGCUCCAACUCUGACGCCUGUGACGUUCAACGAUCCCCCUCAGUCACUCGACGACUCGCAGCUACCUGCUCUCUUCCCAAGUCCUUCUUCAGAGUGUCCGUCUCGUCGCUCUGGACAUGGCAAGAAGAGACCUGAGAAUCACAUCCCCCGCCCUCCAAAUGCCUUCAUCCUCUUCCGUUCUUCAUUCAUAAAGAGCCAACACGUGUCUACCGAAGUCGAGACCAACCACAGCACGCUGUCGAAGAUCAUCGGUCUCACCUGGCAAAACAUGCCUCACGAAGAGAGGCAGAUUUGGCAUGCAAAGGCAAAAGCCGCUCUUGAGGAGCACAGGCGCAAAUGGCCCCAGUACGCAUUCCGUCCUUCUCAAACGAAAGGAAAGGGAGGGACCGAAAAGCGGAAGGUUCGAGAAGUCGAACCGAAAGACGUAAAACGGUGCGCGAAAAUUGCAGAGUUACUCGUCGAGGGAAAGAAGGGCCAAGAGUUGGAUGCUGCGAUACAAGAGUUCGAUCGCCAUCAUGUGCCAGAAAUUGUGACUCGAUUUGAAGUACCCAUCACGGCUCGUAUGUAUCGGCGGUCUUCUUCAGCACCGGUGGUCGAUCCGCAAUCGAAGCAGCCAUUCCUCUCCUCAUCGUCGUCGUCGUCGUCGUCAUCAUCCUCUCGUCGAUUACGUGCUUGGAGCACUCAGCCAGCUCUCUACCCUGCACCAUCUAACUCCAAGGUCGAGGAGCCUCUAGCGGCGCCUACCUUCUCUGACGAAGCCUUCUAUCAGGCGUCGUUCUCACCCUCUUUUGUUCCCUCGCCCGCCUACUCAUUCCCUGAAAAACCACAACCCUCGUUUGAAUUCGACCCGUACUUGUUUGACGUUGCUUUUGGUGACUCGAUAUGUUCUGGGACACUGCAGCAAGAGAACUUUCCCUGCACCCCCAAGCGUAAUAGGGUACCAAGUCCUACUCUAUCUAUCGACACUACAUUCACAGACGAGUGGUCUCCACGUUCGUCUCCAUUCUCAAGUAUGCCUGCAACGCCACGGAGCCGUUCACUGCACAGUCCAUGUUACGAUCAGGUAGCCAUGGAUUCAAGCGAUCCGUUCGAUCUCAAUGCAUUUAACAUCGAUGCUUUCGCGGGUCCAUACGAUAUUCAACAUCAUCAGUCGCAUGGUUAUGCAAACGACGCAGGCAUAUUUGGCCACCCGCUGGCUUCAGAUGGGUCGAUGUUCAAUCAGGUGAACGAUGCUCCGUAUUCGAAACACCAGUUUGCGCCAUUCGAGCCGGCCAAGACGGAGUUAGCCAAUGUAGAUUUGGAUUUCACGGCAUUCAUGUCAUCGCUCCCUGCCUUUUGAUUCCGCCUCAGACGCUUGCUUCUUCCUAUCCCCACGACUGACAUCCCACUCAUCUAUCGAUGUACUAUUGUAUUGCUAUAACGGAGGCCUCCAGUCUGUAACAUACCUGUCUUUCCUUUCUCGCAACACUCGUGAGUCAACAUUCGUACUCACUCUUUCUCUUUAUCUUGUAAAUAGUUCAUACCUGUAAGAGAAUAGCAUCGCACCGUUUCAGUGAAACGGCUUGAUUUUCCCAGCUUAUAUCCGCAACAAGUUUAGUUGCUCGCUGGCUCGGCUCAUCAGCUGACAAAAUCGCUGGAUAUGUACAUACCUGAUAUUCUCAUGGCUAAUGCGGAAGUCGUGGAAUGGAAGAAAUGGGGGUAUUAUCCCACGUGCGAAAUAAUAUCAUCAAUCAUGAGAGUUCAAUUUCCAAGUUCCGAUGCGGCAGACGGGAGUGAAUAUCACCGGACUAUUCCCUGGUGGUGAGAGGUUUCCCGACGGUUGCACCGUGCCUGGAGAUGCCACUCGCCGUUGAGCAGAUGAAAUGCGUUGCAAGACAUUUCAAACGUGCUAGCGAUGUGUCGAUGAGUCAAAUUGCUCUUGCUUGCUGACUCGGAGGACGGAGAUGCGACUUAUACCAAAUCGAUGAUAAGGCUGGCAAAACUAGGUUUGCGGUGAUAAUAAAAUUGUCGCCGCAACACCGGCCGGAGAACGUCGAAGCCAUGACCAAAGAAUACGUUUUGUGGAUCAUGAUGAAGGCUUUCGCCUACCAAAGAUAUUCGUAAGUAGGCCACCCACGAGGCUUCCGCAUGAACGAUGAGCGAGCGAAGCUCCAUUACCCCAGCCUCGAGGCGCGCGUGAAGAGGGCAGAAUUGGCGGAAAUGAGGCUCGAAUAAAAACAAUGAGACGGGGAUGAGGAUUUGUGGCGCCUACCUGAAAGGUCGGUGCAUAUGGGCCUGGAAGAUACACCGAAUGCACCAUCAUGCUUAUCGGACUUCAGAGUAUCAAAGUUCAAGAUCAGAUAUUAGUGUUGCGCGCACUAUGGAUAAGAUUUGGAGAGGGAAGCCAUGGGCCUUGUAACGUCUAGAAGUAACGAGAUCCAUAGCCGACGAAAUGGAAAGUGCUUGUGCCUUUGGCGAAUGCGCUUGUAUUCUCGCUGGCCCUGACAACCGAGGAAUUUCCUUGUACUUGCUUGCGCGCAGAAUUUCACAAAACUCUCAUCUUUUUUUCUGCUAACGUCCAAAAUAAUAUGAACGCCGACUGACAUAUCGAAAACUUGGAACUUGGAGACGUGCAACCAUCAUAUUUGAUGGCUUAGGAAAGAUA